AGAGAGAGAGAGAGAGAGAGAGAAUCUGACAUACACUAAACUGGACCAGUGCUGUACAGUGGACCAGCAUUCGCUAUCACUUUAGAUGCCUGAGGCCCUCAGUUGCCGAAAGAUUUUAAGACAGCAACUAAAAAGUCUUCCCCGAUCUCACCGUGUCAAAGACAAUAUACACGAACCCCUCUCCCUCCCUGAUUAUUCGUCAUGCUUACGCCCUUCUUUGAGUGGCUCUCUAAUUGCGUUUUUGUUUUCUGAAAGUGAAAGAAGCCGUUAAUUAAUCUAGGCUUUCGAUCAGGUAGCAGGAAGAUUCCAGACAAAGCAAUCUUCAGGACUAUAUACGUACGUCCCGUAGCAAACACCUCUCACUCUCUCUUGCUAGCUGUACUCUUCCGCAUAAAACAAACAUUCAUUUGGGGUUUGUUUAAGGGUUUCAGAGAGAGCCCCACAGAAGAGAAGGGAAGGGUCCGAAGGGAAGGGAAAUGGCAAUUAUUAGGAGCUGGACGAGGGUGCAGGCUGUGUGGGAGAGGGACUAACAUGACCUUGUCGGUUGUUCUGCAAGAAUAGAACGGUCUGGGUGUAGUCAUAACUCGGUUUGAGUGUAGAGUUUCCUGCAUCUUCCUUUAAUAUAUUGGAUGGGUGGUAGGAAACACAAAUCUUCUUCUCCGCCUCCUUUGCUUUCUUUUUUUCUUUGUUUUUUGCUUGAAACACAAAUGUCUCACGCUUUUACAUUUUGUGGUAAUUUAAGAUUAAGAAUACCGAAGAUCUGAUCUUUCUUAAUCAAAUGUCUGAGACAGCUUUGAUCUUAUAUUUGCUUCCUGGGUAUAUACUACUGCUAUCUGAUGCAACUCCAGUUUGUUUUCUCUUAUUGAUCUACAGUAACUUUUUCAGGGUAAGUUCUAUUUUAGCUCUUGUUGCUAAGGGGCCCAUCUGGGUUUCAUCUCAAUAGAUUUUCUUCCUCUAUUUUUCACUUCGUUUCUUGAUUAAUUUCUCUUAGAUUCUCUCUCUUAAAACCCAUCUAUUCCAUCGGUCAAUUUACUGCUCAAUCACUUGCUUACGUCUUAUAGGGUUGAAAUUAGUGUUAAGAUAGUGGGUUUAGCACCCAAAAUGUCGUGAUCAGAGCAAGAAAGAAAAGGAAUAAUCUUGGUUUUGGCAGUGAUGAUCCGUUUGAUUAAUUAGUAGUACUAUUGUUGGAUGGGGAUGAAUUAGGGUCGACAAAAACACAGGAAGAUUCAUAACUAACAUAAAUCAUUAAGGAAGCGAAGAUGUUUUGAGAUUCAUUCGUUAUUCUUAAAACAUAAAGGGAUCGAGAGUACUGAAUUAUCCAGGCAUAGAUCGAGGGUUUAUACCAAAAACCAGAUUUAAUGGAACUGAUCGAAGGUGGCCUAGAUGAGGAAGUAAGGCUGCCAAGCACUGUGAGCUACAAUCCAUCCCACAUAGAGUCAACCAAGCUGUCUUCUCCAAUUUUAGCUUCAACUGCGGGAGAAACAAGAAGGGAUCGUCCAGUUGAUGGUAACACAAUCGUCAACCUGCCUCAAACCCUAGAACAUCCUCGGCUUUAUCUUGAUCAACAACCCGAUCCACAUCCACACGAACAAGAUACACACAAACCCAGAAGAGAUCCAGACCCAAAUCUAGAUCCAGUUCCAUCUCUUGCAUCCUCUGGAACAAUAAAAUCCGCACGAACCAGUACCUCUACUGCCAUUAGGGCUUCACCUAAUUCACCGAAGGUUCGAUAUAGAGAGUGUUGGAAGAAUCAUGCGGCCAGCACGGGCGGGCACGUUGUGGAUGGCUGCGGAGAAUUCAUGUCAAGCGCCGGAGAGGAAGGCACGCCGGAGGCUUUAAAGUGUGCAGCUUGUGAAUGCCACCGGAGUUUUCACCGGAAAGAAGUCGAGGGCGAUUCUCAAUAUGUUUCUAAUACUAUUUACUACACGAACCCCAACAUAAACAAUGGCAAAAGAUCAGAAGUAGUACGGCCGUCUCAACAUCAUCCUCCGCUUCCUCCCUCGUUGCCUCAUGUUUAUCAUCAUCAUCAUCAGUACCACAAAUUCCCACAUGUUCCAUCUACAAAUCCGAUGGUGGGAACUACUUUACCGAUGAUGAUGGCCUUUGGAGGCGGUGGUGGAGUGCCGGCCGAGUCUUCAAGCGAAGAUCUCAAUAUGUUUCGGUCUAAUAAUAUUGUUGCCGUUGGCGUGCAAACUUCAGGACAAGCGCAGCAAUCCAGGAAGAGGUUUCGGACGAAAUUUACUCAGGAACAGAAAGACAAGAUGACGGAAUUUGCGGAGAAGUUGGAAUGGAAAAUCCAGAAGCAUGAUGAGCAACAAGUCCAGCAGUUCUGUUCAGAAGUAGGUGUAAAGAGGCAAGUUUUCAAGGUAUGGAUGCACAACAAUAAACAAGCAAUGAAGAAAAGCAAAUCUGAGGAAAAUUAAUGCCUCUAUCUCUCUCUGUGUCUCUGUCUCUCUCUCUCUAUAUAUAUCUACAUAUUCAUUUGCGCAAUUAUAUAUACAGGAUGUAGGAUAAUAGAUUGAUUACCCACUCACUUUAUUAUUUAAAUUUUUUUUUCC